AGAGCAGCACUAAUAAAUAGAGAAUGUGAAUUAUACGAAGAGUUCUUCCUUUGACUUUGUCGGUAUGAAAUUUUGUCAUUGAGAGGGUUGCUUCGUAGUUGUUCCUCCCAAGUUUUUUCACUCUCGUCCCAGUAUGGUUUUGUUCUUCGCAAUAUUUUUCAUCACAGAACUCGCCGUCGCCUUCGAUCUGUCCGCAGAGGACAGACAGGCUCUGGAGGGUGGCAUUUUUUCCGUGAAACACACAACGACCAGAACACCGAGCGGGGGUGGUCACGGGCACGACCAGGGCCAUGGCAGGCACAGUGCCAAUCCGAACCCGCGGACGAACCCGCCACGGAACAGUAGUGGAAGGAGAUAUGCCGUGCCGAGUAGCAGUGCGAGUGCGACAACUACAGCGAAAGCGAAUCACGUGCCGGACACGCCGAGACCGGUCGGGGGAGCAAGAACAGCAUCGUCCUCCACAACCUCGACAACAACAGCGGAAGGUUACAAAGCUGUGCCUGAUGUUCAUCCCUCAUCGGUAAAAAAUAGCGACGAACAACUUGCGCCGCAGUCGGCGCAGGACACUACUACGAUAAUUGGCAGGGAGCAAACAAAUGUAGAAGACAGAAGCUUGGUAACACAAGAUGAGGAGAAAGUGACGUCGGAUCGUCAUCCAGGUAGAGAUGCACUGGAUAAAGAACCACCACCGCAAGAACUACCGCCGGUCGAGCGGGGGCAGCACGAACCACAGGUACUAGAGGCGGAAGAUCCAAUAUCACAAGAACAUGUUCCACCACAAUAUUCGGAACCACCAUCAGAAGAGGAAAUCUACAUGUUGAACACAGACGAAAUGCUGAAGCAAGACCGGACCGCGCGACAAACAUUAAACGAAAAUCAUGAAUCGUUGUCCCACCUGCAGGCGGCCGACAACUUGUCCGAGGAAGAGCUGGCCGCAUUACUGCAAGACAACAAAGUCAGUUUGUUUUCAAUGAACAAAGGAACUGGCACAAGUGGUGCAGCACGAAGACAGCAGGUCGUUCUUGAUGACGGCGAAACCGAAAUCGAUCAGGAUUUUUUAUCCCCCGCCGCACGUAGAACAACGACAACCCUAGAAGGUGCGGCAGGAACUGCAAAUACAGGCAGUAGCACUUCUUCUAGAGGACAACUUGCAGGAGCUCGCAGGCCCGCCUCCGCGGCAACAAAGGGCUCCAGCACGAAAGUCGUAGCCAAAAUGUCAACGGAGAACAAGAAAAACGCGUUCAUUCUGCGCAAGGUGAAGUGCGAACUCUUCGUGUCCCACUUGUCGAAAGACCCCAGGAUGGUGGAGUUGCCGAUCGAGUGCGAUCCAGACGACGUCGAGAACUUGAACGGGUACCGAAUUUGCAUGAUGAAUGAGGAAUUCGAGGUCCGGAAGAACCAGGAGCGGACGAUCAUGCUGGAUCGCCCGCGGCCGGACGGUUUGGAGUUGUACGCGCCAAUUUUGUUCGGCUCGUGCGGCGCGAAAGUGGCGCGAUACUUGAUGGUCCCGGAUAGGCACGAGGUGUUGAUUUUUUUGGAUGCGCAGUUUAAUUUGAAGUUUUUGAUGAACAUGAAGUACAUGCAGGAUGGUCGCUCCGGUCAUGUUGGAUUUUAUUUAGCAGAAUUAGCAUAUCAUGGUCCAAAGAACUGUAAUUUACCAGGGUCGCGGCAUGCUCCACUACCAAGUUGGCGACAUUUCCAUCGACCCACUCCACGGCGUUUUUCUCUACGUCUCCGUCACGAAUCUGCACAUGAUCUACCGCGUCCCACUUCACGACAGCAGCGACCGAGGUUCCCUCUCCCGCUGGCAGGGACUCGGGAGUCCAAACCAGCCGCACCACAUGCUGAGCUUCGACGGCUUCAGCUCGCCGAUUGGCCUGUGUGCGUUGAAGAACUACGAGAUCCUGGUCGCGGAUUCGGCGAAUAAUCGCGUGACGUAUCCACAGUAAAUUUCCCGUACACGUACAAAUGCUGUCUCUGCAUGACAAAAAUUGCCUUCAAUCCUAGUCUAGCAUGACAAGUUGGACACAGCAAGUAAGCGAAAUUUGUCAUGCAUUUUGUAUGUACAUGUACGGGAAUUUACAUUGCAUAUGAAGCACAACAGCUGGGCCACCCUCCCGGGCAAGAAAGGAGCGCAGAAGAAGGGGAAAUUAGUUGCGGGGCUGAGGGGGUUCAUGCUAGAAACCCCCGUACAAAUCGCGGUGGUGCACGCGACGGGGAAUGACAAACUCUACAACACGUUGUACGUGGUGGAAAAAUCCCGGCAUUUGCUCCGUUACGUCGGCGAGGGGAACUUGAUUCCGGAAAUUUUGCAGCCGUCGAGCGGGUUGAAGAUCCACGUGUUUCAACCGAAUUUGCUAGCAGAGAACCGGGCGAAGCGGCGAUACUUUGGCGGAGCGGGGGAUGGAGCUGGGUCCUCGGGAACGGUGGAUUACUUCGAAAUGACCAAGCGGGGCGGCGAGAACAGCUACAGCAGCAAGGUCGGCGGCGCAGUCGGGGCAGACGGGAGGGUGUUGAAUGCGGCGGUGCGCGACGACUCGCACGACGACGAAGGGGCAGAAGUGCUGUUUUGCUUGCACGGGUACGUGGCGAGCGCGAGGUUUCGAGGGCGAGAGGGGGCAAGAGGUGCAGGAGGGGGAAUUUCGCAGGGCGGGAACAAGUCGUGGAAGAAAAGUUGUUUGGAUGUGGAUUCAGCGGGGAGGGCGGUGGUGUUUCGAGAGAAAAGCCACUUGUUCAACGCGAAUAAUGGGAGAAGAAUAGCAAUUCCAAGCAACAUCGAACACGUAGUGCUUUCGCCAAAAGCAGAUAGCAUAUAUGUGAGUAGCAAGACGACAGUGUACUCACUCGCAACAGAUUCUGUUGCGGAGUUUUUUGGAACUCGUAGAACAGGACAAGCUGUAGAGGAUGGAACUAUUCUAUCAAUUUGA